AACUAUUGAGUAUCAUGUCCUCGAUUGAGUUCAGUGGAGCAUGUUAAUAAAUAUCAAUAGUCAUUGUUAUUAAAAGUUGCUUUGAGUGUUUUCUACGAUCAGGGAAAUCCAGGCGCUCCUGAAAGAAUGCAAUAACUUGCCCUUAUUACAAAACGAGUAGACUUAUUAAACCUACUCAUAAGGCACUACUCUCAGAUUUGAUACUCCAACCACGAGCCAUUUCUAGUGGCCAUUCAGUCAACAGUGGAUUCUCUUCUCUAGAUUAGAUUACAACUAAUCUGUUCCACCGGACAUAACCAAAACUACGUCACACUGUUCCUAGAAAGUUUGUAUUCAAACUUGCAUAUCUGGGCUUAUCGAUGAUUGAACUAAAUAGUUAUUACUAUUAUCGCACUAUCGAACCUCUCAAGUAUAAAAUGCCUUUACCAGUAAUAGAAAAGUAUCAUUACCUUGCCUGAUUCCGUCGAAGAAAGUGUUUCCAAAAUGAAAGUGUUUCUUGUUUUCUGUAGUUUUUUGAUCGCUUCUGCACUAGGAAGUUUUCUUCAAUACGAUGAUAAAUACAUCAAUCGAGUAGUGGGAGGUCAGGAGGCGAAACCAGGCUCUGCUCCGUACCAAGUAUCGCUGCAAGGACUUUUCGGUCAUUCAUGUGGAGGCGCAAUCAUCGGGGAUCAGUGGGUUCUAACGGCUGCUCAUUGCGUUCAAGGAUCGGUUUCUGGAAUGCAAGUCCUGGUCGGAACAAAUAGUUUGAAGGAAGGUGGCCGCAAGUACAAGCCCUCCAAAUUUAUUGUGCAUAGCCGUUACAACAAGCCGCAAUUCCACAACGACAUCGCUCUUAUAAAGUUGACCGAUAAAAUUCAGUUCUCGGACGAUAUCAAGGUGAUCGGUUAUUCCGAAAAGGUAGUUCCCGUGAAUUCAACCCUCGUUCUUACUGGAUGGGGAAGAACUUCUACUAAUGGACCGAUUCCGACCAAACUGCAAACCAUCGAACUGAAUUACGUUCCCUAUGAAGAGUGUCGAAAGUUGCAUGGGGACAGUGAGGAUGUCGAUAUCGGGCACAUUUGCACGCUCAAUAAGGUUGGAGAAGGUGCUUGCAAUGGUGAUUCCGGUGGUCCGCUGACUUACAAUGGUAAAUUGGUAGGAGUCGUGAACUUUGGUGUACCGUGUGCGAGAGGAUAUCCGGAUGCCUAUGCUCGAGUUUCUUACUAUCAUGAUUGGAUCCGAACUAACAUAAAAAAUAAUUCUUAGAUUGAAGACUUUGAAAUAUAUUCUGCCUGCUUACGUAAAUGA